UUUGUGUUGGGUAUUCUCCAACUUCAACGUUAACCAUGGUCUCUCUUUUCUCCUUAACCGUUUUAUAUCCAUAAUAGCCUUAUAUAUACCAUAGAAAAUCUAACGUGGACUCUUGAAGAAACGCAGGGUUAUUACCCCUGCCUCUUGGAACUCCAAACUGAUACACACUUCAUAUUAUUAAAGUAAAAUAUAGGCACCAAAGUAAGCUAACCCCUUUAUUUCAUAGAAUUCAAUAGCUGGAUUGGAGCAUAGAGAAAGUGAACCCAUUUGUGAGUAGCAUAAGAGCAAGGCUGUAGCAAUCAACACCGAUGCCGUUGAAUAUAUUACAGGACAAAGAUGGAUUGCCCCGGAUUAUAUUGACUGAGCCAAAAGGUUCAUCAGCGGAGGUGCUACUAUAUGGAGGGCAGAUUGUUUCUUGGAAGAAUCAACGGAAGGAAGAACUGCUUUUCAUGAGCAGUAAGACUAAUUGGAAACAGCAUAAAGCAAUCAGAGGAGGCAUAUCAUCCUGCUUUGCGCAGUUUGGUGAUCUUUGUUCACUAGAACAACAUGGUCUUGCAAGAAACAGAUUCUGGUCAUUGGAUAGGGACCCUUCACCUCUUCCUCCCUUAGACAAGCAAUCAUCUGUAGAUCUAAUAUUGAAGUCAACAGGAGUUGACUUUAAGACACCCCGUAGUUUUGAGUUCCGGCUUCGCAUCUCUCUCAAUGCUGGCAAGCUAAUUUUGAUACCACGAGUCAGAAACACUGAUAAAAAAGCAUUUUCUUUUACAUUUGCACUAUGCAACUAUUUAUCUGUAUCUGAUAUCAGUGAAGUGCGUGUUGAGGGAUUGGAAACACUUGAUUACUUUGACAAUCUGAAGAACAGAUCAAGGUUCACAGAGCAGGCAGAUGCACUCACGUUUGAUGGUGAGAUGAAUAGAGUGUACUUGCGCAGCGGAAGUAAAAUUGCCAUUAUAGACCAUGAGAAGAAAAGAACCUUUGUACUCCAGAAGAAGGGAAUGCCGGAUUCAGUGGUAUGGAAUCCCUGGGAUAAGAAGGCCAAGGCUCUCCCUGACUUGGGAGAUGAUGAUUACAAGAUCAUGCUAUGUGUGAGUUCUGCUGCUAUUGAUACCCCUAUUCUCUUAAAGCCAUCUGAAGAGUGGAUGGGAUAUCAAGAACUCACUACUGUUUCAUCAAGCUAUUGUAGUGGACAAUUGGAUCCCCGCAAGGUUCUUUAUGGCUUUCACUGACUUAUCAUUAUCAAUGGAGAUUCAUGUGGUCUUUGGUUACCUAGUUAGGUGUAUACUGUACAGUAUGCAUGCACUAGCCUGUCCUUUUAAUAGGCUUACAUUAUCCUAAAGACAGAUAUCAGUUGUGCAUGAAUUUCAUGCUGAUACCAAAACAAAAAGCCUCAGCAAUUUGGACAUUUAUUCCAGCCAUUUUUCAAUAAUCGAGAGAUGCCACUUCUUAUUCAGUUUAUUGAUGCCAUGGCAAUUCUAUUAGUAUUAGCCAUUGGGUUGAGUGUAAAAUCGCUUGGCAAUUUUUGUAAUGUGUUUAUGAACUUAUAAUGAAAUUAUUCAGGGAAUGGAAUUUGGCAAUGCUUUGAUU